AUGGACCGGUACCAGAGAGUGGAGAAGCCGAGGGAGGAGGCGCCCAUCAAGGAAAACGAGAUCCGCGUCACCACGCAGGGGAGGAUGCGCAACUACAUCACCUACGCCACCGCCUUGCUCCAGGACAAAGGUUCUGAUGAGGUUGUAUUCAAGGCCAUGGGAAGGGCUAUCAAUAAAACUGUCAUGAUUGCGGAAUUGAUCAAGAGGAGGAUUGUUGGUCUCCAUCAGAAUACCACCACUGGAUCUACUGAUAUUACUGAUAUGUGGGAGCCAUUGGAGGAAGGCCUACUUCCGCUUGAGACAACAAGACAUGUCUCUAUGAUCACUAUAACUCUUUCAAUGAAGGAGCUGGACACAUCGUCUAUCGGAUAUCAAUCUCCUUUGCCUGCUGAUGAAGUGAAGCCUUUGGUUGAAUAUGAUAAUGAUGAAGAUGCAGUACCUGGUGGCCGAGGAAGGGGUCGUGGUGGUCGAGGCCGUGGGUGGGGCAGGGGUAGGGGAAGAGGUGGACGUGGAAAUGGGUACAAUGACUAUGCUGAUGUCGGUUGGGAAGAUGAUCACGCCCCUGCAUAUAUGGGCAAUGGAUAUCGCCGUGGAAGAGGUCGCGGUUUCAGGGGCCGUGGCAGGAGAGGCGGCUACAAUGACCAGCCUGAUUACCAACAGGAUGGAGGCUAUUACGAGGAGGCACCUGUUCAUGCUCCAACCCGAGUUUGUGGCAGUUGCAAUGUGAAUGACCUUUGUACACGACGGAACAAGACUUUUCUUCUCUCCAUGCCAUUAGGGAUGGGGCCGUUGAUGCCACCAUUUGAUCUUGCCAACAGUCGGAUGGUGUCGAAGAAGACCGGUGAUGUCUACUCUACAAAUGAGCCACAGAUAGCUUUUUACUCCCGGUUCACAUUUUGCUUGAACAUGCACAAUGAGGCGGUUAAGGCUCUGAAAUUCCCUCCAAACUCUCACAAGGAAAAAGAAUGCGUUGAGAAGAGGCGCGAGAGGCUCCAGUAG